GCCCAGCCCAGCCCCGGCGCCGGACCAUGGUCGGGGAUCAGUGCAGCCUCCCCGGCGAGCGGCCCGUCCGAGCCCCGAGCCCCAAGGCCGGGCUGAGCUGCAAGAUGGUGCUGCAGGCGGUGGGCAAGGUGCUGCGAUGUGAAACACUGUUUAUCUGAAGGAUUCAGCUGCUGAAAUCCUGCCUACUGUGUGAUUACACAGAGAUGAUGUUUUCAAAGGUGGAACUGUAUCUGUAAGGAAGUAGCAAAACAAAGGGCAGAACUUGAUUGCGCUCUUCCCAACCAAAGUAGCCAAUGUAGCCUUCCAAUGCAAGUCACGUUUUAUGCCUAAAUAAUCGCAACUUGCCCUGUUGUGCCAGGAAAUAAAGACAGCCCUUCAGUGUUCCUCGCCUCUGGGACCUGCGCUCAGCUGCCAGCUGCCUGUGCUGCAGCACGGUGAGAAGGAUUUAUGUGUGGAGAGCACCGACUGGGAGCAAGUAUUCCCAUUAACUGUUCGGGGACUGCAGUCACGCAGCCCAUAUUGCUGCCCUCCAUACUGUAGUUACCAAACAUACCAUAAAGCACUUUGUACUGGUAAGAAUUGAGAAGUAUUUCAGAUUCCAAGCACAUCAGACGUUACCAGUGCUUUGCGGGACAGGUGAGGUGGGGAGCUAGGCUCGCCCCUCUGACAUACCUCCUUUGUAGGUUUUCUUUAGGCUGUGGUGGUACCUAAAGCUAGUUAGUACUGGUAGGUGAGUAUUGGUGUGGGAAAAGGGCAGCGACGGAAAGUAAAACCAUACAAAGCCAAACCUGUCUGCACCCUGGUGCUGUGAGCAGAGUAGGCUGUCUGCAGUUGUGUGUCUUGGGCUGUAUAGCAAGAAGUCUGCCUGCUAAAGCCAGGUUGCCAUGGAGAAAUAAUUCCUUGCUCUUAAAGCACGGUUUUACCCUGAAAAGCAACUCUGUGCGAGCUUCAUUGUGAAAUCCCACGUUUACGAGGCCAUGAGGUUUCCAAAUCAAAUUUGCUCAGUUUGGAAAUAAAAAGAUAGCUUUGCAAUCUGCCAGCUCUACAAACUGCCUUUGGCUCGGAAGAUAACAAGCGGUGUCUUCAGUGGCUCCUGUGCGCUGGUGGUGAACUCCCUCCCUGCAAAGGUGAACCCGAGUGUACUGCGUGUGCUCCCCUGGAGAGAUAGCAGGGCUGCCUCGGAAUGGCUGGGAGGAGCGGCUGCUGCCAGAACUUGAAUUUAACCAUAACGCAGAAGUCAAAACAGCUCUUCCUUAAGUGUAUUCCAGUGGAAGAUUGCAGGAGAGAAAGUAACAACAACAAAAAACCUGCCUAAGUUAAUAGACGUGUCUGAAAGCACACGGGUAAUAGAUAUGUUAAUUAUGUUUCCACGGUUUUACUUCAGUACCUCUUACAUUCUGCAAGUUGAAAGAAAAUGUAAAACCUUGAGAGGUAUGGGUUUUUUCCUUGUUGUUGGUAAUUGGGCUGCUUUUACUUUUUCCUUGUUCUCGCAAACUGCUUGUGCUGGCCUCCAGAAUUCCAAGUCAUGUUGAAUAAACACAACAACAAGCCUGGUAGGCCUGUAUUUGCCUUCUCCGUAGUGUAAAAGGUGUAUAAAACUUUGCUUGUGUUCAAAUCUUGGUGCUGGUCACCUUGUGGUUCCUCCUCACAGCUCCUGCUGUGAGAGCUUUCCCCCUGCAGCACACAACCCCUGGGCAGCAGUAGGCUCUGCAUCUCAGCUCUUCUCUGCUCUGAGCUUGGUCCUCCUCCUUCCCCCGUGUGUUUUAAUUAAAGAACUUCAAGCCGUGCCAUGGAUCCCUGCCUUGGAUUGAGAUGUUUUCCAGCAUACAGAAAAAGCUAUUAAUCUCCGCUGACUUUAAAAGGGUUUGAGAGAACCGGCUCACGUGUAAACAUUUACAUGUGGAGCUGUUUGGUGAGAUGAGUCCUGGUCCUGCUGCCCAGCUGCAGUGCGGGGUAUAUUUAGCACGCCCAUCGAGGAGGGCAAGGAAGUGUUUGUGUUGCUAUAACACAAAUGGUGUUUUCCUCUGAGGGAGGCGAGGACACAGGAGCAUCCUUAUCUUGGGGCUGACAGCUUUGGAGCGUGUGCCUGGGAACUCAAAUGAGCUGCAUGGUAACCAGACAAACCCCAGAGCCCAGCACUCCGGCCCCUGUUUUCAGCUGGAAAGCCUGUGGAAAAAGUUGUGAAAGGGCCGGGUGGAGAUGCUGCUGGAGAGAGCCACGGCAGCAGAGCCUCUCCUGUCCCUUCGUGCCCCGUGCUGGGCCCUGCUCGGGGCAGGAGGCAUCGCACGGGGCAGAGCGCCCAGAGUGCUGCCUUCUCCAGCAGCCCAUUGCUUCCCUCCUGCUCAGGUUUUGCUUUGCCUUUAGAGCUCGCCCACAGCUGGAGAGCUAAAAACACCACCACAAGAAGGAGAAACAUGCCCCCUGAGCCUGUCACACGCUCGGGCCUCUGGCACAGCGUUGUGCUCUGCAGCUUGUGCUGGGCGCUGGGUGAAGGAAUUGUUGCGACAUGCCAACUGUGACCUGCUGCAUCUCUCACCACAGCCCCCAUCUGGCUCCACAUGGAGGUCCUGAGAAUAAACAUGAGGGAAGAUGUGUCCUUUUACUUUCCUAAGCCUUAGAUUACCAAAAACCGGGCCUGUGCAGGGUGGUUGCUUGGGUAGGACAAUUUUCUGCGUUCCUGCUGGCGAGUGGUUCCCUCUCACUUGCGUCACCAGUAAAUGCUCUGCUCUGCUGCCACGGCUCGCUGGGGCUCUGCCCCUUCGCCUGCUGCCUGGGGGGCAGUGCCCACCCCAAGGCCCCCGCGGAGGCAGGGGGAGGUCAGAGGCGCGCUCUGCUGCUCGGGGAGGAGUUCUGGCAGGUACCGGAGAAGAAAGGGAGCCCCAGCGCAGCGUGCCUCACCACAGGAAUGCACACUGCGCCUUCCUGCAGCCCUCACUGAGCCCUUCGCAAGCCCAGCCUUGCCUCCAGAGCUGCUCUUCCCAGAGCUGCGCUAUGGAGAAAAAGGAGGGUCCUGUGGCCACCUCCUGGGGAGUUGGUGGCCUUCAGGAGGCAAAUGACACGAAGCUGCCACGGCAGGGGGCAGGCAGAGGAGAGAGACCCGGGGAAGGGAAGGGAAGCUGGAGGCAGGGCGUGGGCAGGUGCCCCGUGUGCCCCUCGCUUUGCCAGCAGCACCAGCUGGAGCUGGGUUUGGCCCUGCCGAAGCGUUUUGGGCUUUGUGCUGAAAAGCAGCAUUAUGAAAUGAGGUUAUGGCACUUGUCGUCCUUAACAUGCCUGCCAUGCCUUGGCACCGGCUGCACCGCGCAGCAUCCGGAGGCCGAGCACAGAUUCCCUUUUAAGGCAAAGAGCCACUCUGAGAAUCCCAGGGAAAAAGUUUCCCUGGCAUGGAGGGUACAUUCUUCUUCCCUCCUCCCCUUAAGUAAACUAUUAGUAACGUUGAAAAACAGAACAAAAAUGAAGGAGCAGGGCCAGAAAUGCUGCCGAAGGCAUUUUAUUCGGCGCGGCCCCCUUAGAGCCAUGCCGUAACCUGGCCCCGGGGCUGACCUAGGGCGGGAGCUGGGAGGAACGGAGCUGGGGUCCUGGGGUCUGUCGGGGACCUGGGGCGAGAGGAAAUGGGAGCGGAGACGGCCUGGAAGUGCACAGUCUCCUUCCCAUCCCCA